CGCGCCCCCUCCGGCCCCGCCCAGAGCCGCCAGGAGGAGCUGCGUGCAGACCCACAAUCCCCGCAGCCGCUAGUUACGAGGUGUCCGCUUCGCGCGGGUACCGCCGCCGCGACAUGUCGUUAAAGCCGAAGAGCCGGGGCCGCGCCGGCGCCCAGGCCGAGCGGGGUGGCGGCGGCGAGGAGGCCCCGAGCACGUCCCGCGGGCCGGGCGGCGCCGCGUCGCAGGGCGGCCGGCGGGCCGAGGCUCCCUCAGCGCCGGGGCCGCGGUCGCAGAAGCAGCUGGAGCUGAAGGUGGCGGAGCUGGUGCAGUUCCUGCUGAUCAAGGACCAGAGGAAGAUCCCGAUCCGUCGCACCGACAUCCUGCGGCACGUGGUCGGGGACUACAAGGACGUGCUCCCCGAGCUGCUGCGGCGGGCGGCCGAGCGCCUGGAGUAUGUGUUCGGGUACCGGCUGGUGGAGCUGGAGCCCCGGAGCAACACCUACAUUCUGGUCAACACGCUGGAGCCGGUGGAGGAGGACGCGGAGAUGCGCGGCGACCAGGGCACGCCCACCACCGGGCUGCUCAUGAUCGUGCUGGGGCUCAUCUUCAUGAAGGGCAACAGCAUCAAAGAGACCGAGGUCUGGGACUUCCUGCGGCGCCUCGGGGUGCACCCCACCAAGAAGCACCUCAUCUUCGGGGACCCGAAGAAGCUCAUCACCGAGGACUUCGUGCGGCAGCGGUACUUGGAGUACCGGCGCAUCCCGCACACGGACCCCGUGGACUACGAGCUCCAGUGGGGCCCGCGCACCAACCUGGAGACCAGCAAGAUGAAGGUGCUCAAGUUCGUGGCCAAAGUCCACAAUCAGGAUCCCAAGGACUGGCCGGCGCAGUACUGUGAGGCUUUGGCGGAGGAGGAGGCCAGGGCCAGACCCCAGACCGGGGUUGCGGCCCCAACCCCAGCCCCUUCCUCUUGAAACCUGAGACAGACUCGGAGAGACCCCGGGGAAGGGCUGGGGGUGGGAGGAAGCAUCUUGCUGUAACCCUUAAAUGUGUGUAGUAGUUUUAGGAUGUGUUUGCAAUCUUUUCUUCUUGUGAUAGUAUAAGUCACUUUGGUUCCGAAUUUUCAUUUAUAAAAAUAUUAAGGGAUGAUUUCUUUUGGUUUGUCUUACUGUCUGUAUUUGUUUUUAUUGGUAUAAAAAUCUUGCUAGCUUUAUAAAGCGAAUUGGAAAGUUUUGUACCAUGUUAUGGAAGUAGACAUUUAAAAGAAAGAACACGUCAAUAAGUUGCUUUCAUGCCAAGGAAAUAAAGCGAAGUGGCUCUUGUCUGGCCUCUGGACUACCCAACUCUGUAAGGAAAAAUAAAAGUCUAUAAAUUGAAAACUAAAA